GGCAGUUUGCGCUGAAUUUUCACGCGACGCAGAUCGCGCUUCGCCAAGCCAGAUCCAUUCAAAUGGAUCUUAAAUUACUUAAAUAAACUACAUAAAAACGGGGAAAACCUAAACAAAAUAAGCAUAUAUUUUUGAUUGAAAAAAGCAAGCGGAUAGUGCGAGUGACAGUGCGAGUGCGAGUUAUGUCGACGGCUCUAGUUUAUUGGCAGUCAAUGAAUGGCGGCGAUUCGGUUGACAAGGCCACCACGGAUUGGGCGCCAUUUGUCGUUGGUGCAGCAUCUGGUGGCAGUUUCAGUAGCAGCACCAUCACCAGCAGCAGCUUGAACCACCAUCCACACAACGGCCACCACAAUCACCAUCAUCCGCCUCAUUACAUCAAUUAUUUGGCGCAAAUUGGCUGCCAGCAUCGUGUCAGAAAUUGGCCAACAAAUGGCAAUCAGGAGGCGGAUGACGACGACGGCGACGAUGGCCAUCAGAUCAUCUCUAAAUGCCUGCCCAAAAGUGCCUGGAAUACGGUGUUGUUGGAUGGGGAUCGAAAUCGGGAUAGAGAUCGGGUCAAUGGCAAUCUGCUUGGGGUUCAGGGAACAACAUCAUCCUCAUCGAGGAGGGAGGCGGAACAAACACUCCCUUAUAAUAUGUCCGCUUAUGGGUCCAGCGGGGGCAGCGUCGCCGUCGACGCCGCGCAGGGCAGCGGAAGUGGGGGCGGAAGACAGCGCCACGCCCCCCUCUACGGGCGAUUCGUCGACGCAGAGGAUCUGCCUGCCACGCACCGGGAUGUCAUGCACCAUCAUUCUAGUCCCUCGUCUUCGUCGGAGGUGCGCGCCAUGCAGGCCCGGAUUCCCAACCACUUUCGGGAGCCCGCCUCGGGACCUUUGCGCAAGCUGAGUGUCGAUCUGAUAAAGACCUACAAGCACAUCAACGAGGUUUACUAUGCGAAAAAGAAACGUCGUGCCCAGCAGACGCAAGGAGACGACGACUCAUCUAACAAAAAGGAGCGAAAACUUUAUAACGACGGCUACGACGACGAUAAUCACGAUUAUAUAAUCAAGAAUGGCGAAAAGUUUUUGGAUCGCUACGAGAUCGACUCUCUGAUCGGCAAAGGCAGCUUUGGCCAGGUGGUGAAGGCUUACGACCACGAGGAGCAGUGCCACGUGGCGAUCAAGAUAAUUAAGAAUAAGAAACCGUUCCUAAACCAGGCACAGAUCGAGGUCAAGUUGCUCGAGAUGAUGAACCGGGCGGAUGCCGAAAACAAAUACUACAUCGUUAAGCUCAAGCGGCACUUCAUGUGGCGCAACCACCUGUGCCUGGUGUUCGAGCUGCUCUCAUACAACCUGUACGACCUGCUGCGGAACACCAACUUCCGGGGCGUUUCGCUGAACCUCACGCGCAAGUUCGCCCAGCAGCUGUGCACCGCACUGCUCUUCCUCAGCACCCCCGAACUGAACAUAAUUCACUGUGAUUUGAAGCCCGAGAACAUCCUGCUGUGCAACCCGAAGCGCUCGGCGAUCAAGAUCGUUGACUUUGGCAGCUCCUGCCAGUUGGGACAGCGGAUCUACCACUACAUCCAGUCGCGCUUCUACCGCUCGCCGGAGGUGCUGCUUGGCAUCCAGUAUGACCUGGCCAUCGAUAUGUGGUCACUGGGCUGCAUCUUGGUCGAGAUGCACACCGGCGAGCCGCUAUUCUCCGGCUGCAACGAGGUGGACCAGAUGAACAAGAUCGUUGAGGUGCUGGGCAUGCCGCCCAAGUAUCUGCUCGACCAGGCGCACAAGACCCGCAAGUUCUUUGACAAGAUCGUGGCCGAUGGCUCCUAUGUGCUGAAGAAGAAUCAGAACGGCAGGAAGUACAAGCCACCAGGAUCCCGCAAGCUUCACGACAUCCUCGGAGUGGAAACAGGCGGCCCAGGGGGCAGGCGUCUCGAUGAGCCAGGCCACUCCGUCUCGGACUAUCUGAAGUUCAAGGAUCUGAUACUGCGCAUGCUCGACUUUGACCCCAAGACACGGGUCACGCCCUACUAUGCCCUGCAGCACAACUUCUUCAAGCGCACGGCAGACGAGGCAACCAACACGAGCGGCGCGGGCGCCACAGCGAACGCAGGAGCCGGUGGCUCCGGAUCCAGCGGAGCUGGAGGCUCCAGUGGCGGAGGCGGCGGCCUAGGAACGAGCAAUAGCAGUAGCGGUGCGGUCUCCUCAUCCAGUGCAGCGGCUCCUACGGCGGCGACAGCAGCUGCCACUGCCGCAGGAUCCUCCGGUUCGGGUUCAAGUGUCGGCGGGGGAUCCUCCGCAGCGCAGCAACAGCAGGCGAUGCCGUUGCCCUUGCCGCUUCCUUUGCCACUGCCGUUGCCACCACUCGCGGGUCCAGGCGGUGCGUCAGAUGGCCAAUGUCACGACGAUCGCCGAUGACCGGCAACAACUGCAGCCACAUCUGCAGCAGCAACAUCGACUGCGGCGGCAAACUCGAGGAUGACACAUCAGUAACCAGGGACAUGCAGCACGCAGCAUGCAACUGUGCAACUGUGCUACUGUGCUACUAUGCAACGUGCAACGUGCAACUUUAGGAGCUGCUGCAACAUGGUCAUGUUAUCCAUUAUCUAAUAGCUAAUGUGUUUUGUAAAUAUUCAUGUAUCUCUUUCACAUAAGAACACACACACACUCUGUCUAUCUCUUUCCACGCCUCUGUAUCUCUCUCUUUCCCAAACGCCACGAAAAAACAAGAAGUGCAUUUGUUAUUUUUUUCCUAUCAGAAGUAAUGUGGCGCCUUCACAACUGAUUCCAAUAAACCGAGAAUUUUUUUUUUAGAACUUAAUAUGUAAUUUGUAUCAUGCUCACGCAUUUUAAGCGCUCGGAUGAAAAACAAUCGUGUGUUAAGUGUUUAACGUUUUUUUUGUCAACUUAAUACCGCAAAAAUGUCUAAAGAGUAAUUACCUAAGUCUAAGCAUUUAGUGUCAUAGAACUGUACGAAGAGUUGGCGAAUACAUAAGAAUAAUAAUAAGAGGAAUCCUUAACGACUUUCUUAAUGACUGCCAUACAUAUAUACAUACAUUUAAUAUACAUACAUAUAUGCAUAAGUACAGGUAUAUACAAGUUAAACGACACUGAGAAAAACAGCGAACGGCAGGGUUUCUCGUUGCAAAUUAUAAUUUCUUUAAAAAAAAUCAGAUUUCAAAUCUCGAGUGCUUGUAAGCAUUUUUGACAAUACCUACAUUUGUUUGUAACUUUUGAAAUCAUCUAUACAGAUGGUUAAGGUUUCAGUUUUACUAAGCUUUUCUUACUUAAAAAAGAAAACACUGGACAAUUUUUAGAAUCAUUUGAACUGUUUAUUUCGCUUUCACUCAGCACCAUUUAAGUAACAGUAUGUUUUGAAAAAAUAAAAUAAUAGAAAGAAACGCUAAUCAUCAGUGAUCUUCCUUCAACCAAAAUUCGAAGUUUCUGUAGUCGAGAUAGGCAACCCUGCUGUUCAAUCUUUGAAAAUAUUUAAGCGCGAAAAACGAAAAUUUGAAAAAGCGAUAAUGGAUCUCAGUGAAAUAUGCAAAAUACGAAACACAAAUCAUAGUUUGUAAAAAGUAUAAAUCGAAAACGAAAAUCGUAGACAUGUAAAAACGAAACAAAUUUCACAAGCAAAAAAGUGGUAAGGAAAAGAAUCUGUUUAGUAACCAAAGUACAUACACAAAAGUCAAGUAAUGAGAACUUAAUGGAAAACCCCAGUUUGUAAUAUAGACAUAAAUAGUUUUUUUUUUAUCCCCAAAUUAUACCCGUUACUCGUGGAAUAAAAGGGUAUACUAAAAUUCGUUGAAAAGUAUGUAUGUAAAGGGAAGAGUUUCCGGCCCUAUACAGCAUAUAUAUUCUUAAUCAUCCGAAUCGAUCUGGCCGUGUUUGUCUGUCCGUAUGAACGCCUCGAUCUCGGGUCCUAUAAAAGCUGGAAAGUUAGAAAGCAAAAAUUAUGCCUAAUCAUUCAUAUUUCAGAGACAUAGACACAAUUGUUUCCAAAUGUCACACCCACGCCCAAUUUCUACCGAUAUCUUAGAAACAUGUUGAAAUAUUUCGUUUGCACUUCCACUAGCUGGGUAACGGGUAUCUAAUAGUCGGGAAACUCGACUGCAGCGUUCUCUCUUGUUUUAAACCUUUAAUUGCCGUCGGAUAAUGUGUGGUAAAAGCAAAUAAUAAUAGUUUUCUGUUCAAUUCUUUCAAAGGAAUAUACGUUUUUAUAAAUUAUGCCAUCAUAAAUAUAGAUAAUCUAACCAAAUUGAACCCUGAUUUAAACUUUAAGUGAAUGCGGAAAUUACUCGAUCGAACGUACAUAAAUUAGUACUCUCUAAAUAGCAUAACGCAUUAUAUUUGCUUUUACGACCCUUUUUGUGUGUGGUAAAACACUUCUUGGCAUUAAAGGGAUAACGUAACUGUGGCUUUCUCGCUCUCUUUCUCAAACUUUUGGGAAUUACAGGGAUUUCGUGUGACGAAACCUCAGCGAAGAAGGAGAGCGAGCGAGCAAGCGAUAGCCGCUUUCUUUUGUGAUAAAAACAACCGCAAAAAAUAAUUAACCCUAUGAAGCCCCAACAUUGCCGCAAUCUUUAAAACGUUCGGGCCUUGUUACAAAUAAAAAAAAUAAAUAAAAAACAGGCAAAAAUGUUAAGCAACAAAGCUAAUAGAUACAAAAACACAAUCUCAGAAAUAAAACAGCGGUUAAUAUUUAAAUAUAUGCAUAACAGUUUUAAUUGGAUCGAUUGAUAAGCGAUAACCGAUAUAGAAAGGGCGAUAAAUAUCGAUAAGCGUCAAAUAUGCGAAAUACGAGUUGAAAACCAAACACAAAUCAUAGUUUGUAAAAAUAUAGGCAUGUAAAAAUAGCAGAAAAAAAUUGGUAAAUGAAUAAAUGAAUGCGUUUUGUAAACCACAAGAAGUGAAUAAGAAAGGAAAUGAAACCGUAUAGCAAGCAUAACAAAUUAAAUCAUUACGUACUAAAGAGAAGAACUUUAGCAUUUAAUAAAUUAACAUACAUACAUCUAUAUAUAACACUUACGAGUAAUUAUGCGGAAAAACUCAAUUAAUUUUAUUAUACACAGACGAAAACGCAGACAGACAAACGGAUACGAAAUACAUAUAAAAGUAAAAAGUAAAUAUUUAUUAAAAUUAGAGGUUAGCCCCGAAUAAAAUGAUCCCAUGAUCUAUGAAUUUAACAGCAACCAGAGAGACACUUAACGAAACUUGUGUAAAAUACUAAAACCCGAGAAGCGAGUGUUAUAGGUCGAGUAAGUUUAAAAGUCACCAUACAUACACACACAUACAUACACCCAGCAACACACUUAGGAGAUGGCGAAGUAUGCAAUAAGAGCGAUAACUUGAUAACUUGAAAGAUAACGAUAACCAAUUGUUAUUUGGGCAGAGUUGCAUUUUGGAAAGAAAGCGGAAAUGAAAGCAAAAAGAAAGUGCAAUAGCGGUAAAGAGAGACGGAAAAUCGGGGAGACCAUAAUGCAUUUUUUUUACGAAACAGUAUUGCAAUGAUAUGAAAAAUAUGAAAUUCGAAUUCAAACCAAAUUAAAACCAAAAAAAAAAAAAUGAAAACACAAAAAGCACUCACACAUACACAGAAAACCGACAGACCGACACACAUAUGUAUAAACAUGCAACAUGUGUGGCAUUUAUAUGAUAUAAACAUACAACAGCUGAUGGUUUAAGUUGAAUAAGUACGAGAUAAUUUAUUAACGAUUAAUGAAACCGAAAUGAAAACUUUACCAAAACCAAACCAGAAAAGGAAUUCAUACAAAAAACUAAACCAAACCAAAGCAAAAGAUAAAAAUUACAAAAAAAGUGAAAAAAAAAAUCUUCAAUAAAAACUUAUGAUAUAAUCAACAAAAAA